AUGCCGACAAAGCCAUUUCCAUCAUCACUACGAAGUCAUUACGCCACGCGUAUAUACCCCCAGAUUUACCCCCCUCCCUCCCCACCCCUAAGAGCAACACUGGCAGAAAAAGAAGUAAAUGCUUUGAAAGAGCAGUUGACCACUGCGAAAAAUCAAACCAAAUUGGAUUCCGGUGAACAACAGCUGCUAAGCAAUAAAAUGGCGGAUUGCGAGCAGCAAACCUUAGAAUUAAUAUCUAGGAAUAAUUUCGAAGGAGAACUGGCAUCGAAAGACAAAGAGGUAAUUAAAAAAUCAUCAUUAUUAUUGUAA